AUGGCAGAUGGUCUAAGUGUUGCUUCAGGAGUAUUGGCUUUGGUGACAUUUGCUUUUCAAUCGAGCACCGUUCUUUUCAAGACUGUUCGCAGUUUUAAAACCCAGGACGCCAAUGCGCGCGCACUCAAAACUGAGUUGAGCGAUCUCACUGGAGUCCUGCAAUCGCUCCUCGAGACAGUCACGAAUCACCCUGAGAUUAAUUUCGACUCUCUCGAAUUGCCUCUGCUACGGUGUGGAAAAACUUGUGAGGAAUAUGGCAAGCUUAUUGCUCGAUGCACCAAACACUCGAAUGGAACUCGGCCAAGCUUUCGGGACUGGAUUGGCCAGCAGUAUCUGAAGGGAGAUAUCACAGACUUCAAAGACAUGCUUGCUGGAACUAUUACGGCUGUCACACGCAAUGUCAUUGAAGAGUACAAAGACAUGAUAGAUGAUACAACCGCCGACCUACAAAAGCACAUGCAGCGACUAGAUGAGAGAGCACGUAGCUUGGCUGUGCCCCAUGCUGAAAGCGUCGAGUCCGAUAGCACUGAUUGGCUUGCUCUAUUUGAGGAGAAAGAGAGUACUCGAAAAGGUCUCCAGAUUUGCACUGAGCUAUCUUUGCAUAUCGAAUCACUCGAAUCAAUAUCCAGCGAGAAUCAGCAGUUCUCCCAACAGCCUUCAGCCAACAAAUACAUCAGAAGUAGUCUGAGUUCUGCUAAAAGUUCUAUCAGUUUGUUGGAAUCACGUCUUAAAAACCAUGGGAACGAGAUCGAUCAGAGAAUGGAUGCUAUGAAAUUGAGAACGAACCUAUCUGAAGAUGAUAUCAAUCAACUGGCACAGUUACAGGAGACAAAGGAAAGCAUCCGUCAAUGUAUGAACGUGGUUGCUGAUGCCGGCGAUGACUUGGUAAUGGAUCGUGCCAACGUCUUUGAAGACAUAACGAUGACUGAUAAUGCUUACGGUAUCACGGUUUCAACCGUAAAGGACCUAGUUGUCGCAAGGCGAGUCAAUGUGCAAGGCCAGGCGCGUUAUGUGGGCGGGCAAAUAGACGAGGCAAGCUAUAACGCAACCAUUAACGCACUUACCGAUUUGGACCGAGGGAGUGCACAAUACGGAGGGCGGGAUGUUCAUCUGGCGUCUUUUGAAGAUGAAUCUACCGUGAAGACUGUGACAUCCCAAGCUUUUCUUCAACGUCACGGCCCCGGCUUUAAGCUCGCACCGCCUGAUGUGUCAGCCAAGCCUUCUGGGUCAGCCUCAUAA